AUGAGACUACUAAUAUAUCAUCGAUUUUCAUUGAUUCGGUAUAACUCAAAUGGGAUUCCUUAUCAGAAGUUAAGAGUUGGCGUUCCGAAAGAAAGCUUUCCAGGUUAGUAAAAACUUAUAUAAGAAAAUUGAGGACGACGAGAAGUUGUUAUGUGAAAGAAAGAAAACGACACAAAUCGAAUAUUUAUUGUUUUUUCAUAAUCGAUCGAAUAUUCGAAUAAAAAAAGACAUUCAAAAUGUUAUAAAAUUAAUUUAAUCAUAGUUUUUUCCUAACAGAGAAUAUCAAGGUUUUCGUUAGUACGUUUUUCUCAAGAAAAUCUAAUCCACAAAGUAUAUAUCAACAGGUGAAAAACGAGUAUCGCUCAGCCCGACCGGUGUUUCAAUUCUCCAUAAACAAGGAAUAGCUGUUUCGGUAACUAACAACAAAUAAAAUAUGAUUUUCAAGAGAAUGUAUUUUUUAGAUUGAGGAAAAUGCGGGUGUUCAAGCUGGAUAUUCAAAUGAAGAUUAUUCAAAAAAUGGAGCCAGUAUUGAGAAAAUCGACAAUGUUUUUGAAAAAGACGUGAUUUUGAAAAUUCGUUCCCCAUCUACUGCUGAAAUCUCAAAACUGAAAACUGGAUCAACAUUGAUUUCUUUCAUACAACCUGGACAGAAUAAAGAGUUAUUGGAAAAGCUGAAACUGCAAAAAGGAAAUGUGCUCGCAAUGGAUUGUAUACCAAGAAUUAGUAGAGCCCAGGUAACAACCACACGCAAAAUUCAUGUGAAAAAAUUGUUUGUUAGGUUUUUGAUGCAUUAUCAUCAAUGGCAAACAUCGCCGGAUAUCGUGCAGUUAUUGAAGCUGCCAAUCAUUUUGGAAGAUUUUUCACGGGACAAAUAACUGCAGCUGGUAAAGUACCACCUGCCAAAGUAUUAGUCAUUGGGGGAGGUGUCGCUGGAUUAAGUGCAAUUGGCACCGCCAGAGGAAUGGUAAAUUAUUAAUUAAUGCCUUGAAAUAAAAAUAAAAAAGUGUUUCUAGGGUGCAGUUGUUCGAGGGUUUGAUACAAGAUUAUCGGUGAAAGAGCACGUUGAGUCACUAGGUGCUCAAUUUCUAACAGUAAAUGUAAAAGAAGAUGGGGAAGGUGGUGGUGGAUAUGCAAAAGAGAUGAGUAAAGAAUUUAUCGAAGCAGAAAUGAAACUGUUUAGCGAACAAUGUAAAGAUGUUGAUAUAAUCAUUUCAACUGCUCUUAUUCCUGGUAGAAAAGCUCCUAUUUUGAUAACUGAAGAAAUGAUAAAAACAAUGAAAAGCGGAAGUGUUAUCGUUGAUUUGGCUGCAGAAUCUGGCGGGAAUUUUGAGACAACUAAACCUGGAGAAAUAUACACAAAACAUGGCGUUGUUCACAUUGGUUUGACUGAUUUCCCAUCAAGGUGACAGCUCUUUAACAGCUUGUGUCGAAAAAAAAACGUUUUUUAUAGGUUGCCAACACAAAGCAGUGAACUCUAUUCAAAUAAUAUUGCCAAAUUUUUGCUAUCACUUGGAGGAGACAAACAGUUCUUUAUUAAUAAAGAUGAUGACGUCACUCGUGGCGCCUUGAUAAUUCAUAAUGGUGAAAUCACUUGGCCGCCACCGCCGAUUAACUUUCCGGCGCCAGUUGAACCGAAAAAAGAUGAUUCGAAACUGGUGAAACCAAUUCAAGCUGUUGAGAUUACACCAUUUCGAAAAACAUUGAACUCAUCUUUAAUGCUCACUUCAGGUUUAGGAACUGUUUCACUUUUGGGCUUAACAUCUUCAAACCCUCAAAUAACCGCAAUGUCAACAACUUUUGCCUUAUCUGGAAUAGUUGGUCAGUGAUUUUUUAUUGUUGAUAAGGAUGAAAAACCUCAAAAAACUUGACUUAUUAGGUUAUCAUACGGUAUGGGGAGUUACACCAGCUCUUCAUUCUCCAUUGAUGAGUGUAACCAAUGCGAUUUCUGGAACAACAGCAGCCGGGGCACUUUGUCUAAUGGGAGGUGAAUUAAUAUUCAAAAAAAAUUGACAAAAACCGUAAACACGGAAAUAUUUCAGGAGGUCUUUAUCCACAAAACUCAUAUCAAGCAAUGGCUUUUUUGGCAACAUUUAUUUCAUCAGUGAAUAUUGGUGGUGGAUUUUUAGUCACUAAAAGAAUGUUAGAUAUGUUCAAAAGAAGAGGUAACUGAAAAUGAUACCCAUAAAUACGGAAGUUUUUGAAACCAAUUACAGAUGAUCCUCCUGAGCAUAACUAUUUAUAUGCUAUUCCGGCUACUGUGUUUUUCGGAGGUUAUGGCUAUGGAAUUUUGACAGUGAGUCACUAAAAACGUUCAGCUACGAGGAAGGUUUUCUAUAUUUUAUAAAUUUUAUUAAAACCUGAGCACAUAACAAUUAAUUUCAAAGACAUUCAAAUUUUCAUUAUGAUAAUCAAUCACUUUGUUGAAAAAGAAUCCAAUCUUCUUCAUUUCAGUUCCUUUCUGAAAAUAUUUGUUCAGGCCGCCCCAAUGUUACAUUCAUAUGCUUAUCUUGGAUCUUCACUCUGUUGCGUCGGUGCUUUAGCUGGAUUAUCCUCUCAAAAAACAGCGAGAUUUGGAAAUGCACUUGGAAUAAUUGGAGUUACUGGUGGAAUUGGUGCAACAGUCGGAAUGUUGAAUCCUGAUAUGCAUACACUUGCUCAAAUGGGAGCUGCAAUUGGUUCUGGAACUUUGAUUGGACUUGGAAUUGCAAAUCGUAUAAAAGUGACAGAUCUCCCUCAACUUGUUGCAGCUUUUCAUUCAUUUGUUGGAUUGGCUGCUACAUUAACAUGUCUUGCUAAUUAUAUCAAGGAAUAUCCUCAUUUUCUAGAAGAUCCAAAUGGUACCAAAAUAAAAUAAAAAAAAGAGAGAGAGAGAAAGAGUUAUUCAAUUAUGUAUUUCAGCUGCGAUUGCUGCCAAAUUAGCCUUGUUUCUUGGUGCGUAUAUUGGUGGUGUAACAUUUACUGGAAGUAUGAUGGCUUAUGGAAAAUUGCAAGGAAUUCUGAAGUCGGCACCAACAUAUUUACCUGCAAGACAUUUGGUGAAUACUGGAUUAUUAGCUGGAAAUAUAGGAGCUCUUGGAUUGUAUAUGUCUAGUGGAGAUUUUUCAACAGGAAUGUCUAUGUUAGGAACUACUGUAGGAUUAUCUUCGUUGAUGGGUGUCACUCUAACAAUGGCUAUUGGUGGAGCUGAUAUGCCAAUUGUUAUCACAGUGUUAAAUUCUUAUAGUGGUUGGGCAUUAUGUGCCGAAGGAUUUAUGUUAGAUAAUAAUUUGCUAACUAUUCUUGGAGCAUUAAUUGGUAGUUCUGGUGCAAUUUUAUCACAUAUAAUGUGUAAAGCAAUGAACAGAUCGUUAUUGAAUGUAAUUUUGGGAGGUGUUGGAACAAAAUCACAAGGAUCUGGAACUGCGAAAGCCAUUGAAGGAACAGCUAAAGAAAUUACCAGUGAUCAAACUACUGAUGUUCUUCUCAAUGCAAAAUCUGUGAUAAUUGUUCCAGGAUACGGUUUAUGUGCUGCUCAAGCACAAUAUCCGAUUGCCGAGUUAGUGAAAGAGUUGCAAAAUCGUGGAGUUCGUGUUCGUUUUGCAAUUCACCCAGUUGCCGGAAGAAUGCCUGGACAAUUGAAUGUUUUGUUAGCAGAAGCUGGUGUUCCAUAUGAUAUUGUUGAAGAAAUGGAAGAAAUUAAUGACGAAUUUUCGAAUAAUGAUGUUGCCCUUGUUAUUGGUUUGUGACGAUUUGUCGAGAAAUGUUAUUUCGUACAACAACAAUAAUAUUUCAGGGUCAAAUGACACAAUAAAUUGUGCCGCUGAAGAUGAUCCAAACAGUUCAAUCGCUGGAAUGCCAGUUCUCCGAGUUUGGAAUUCGAAACAUGUGAUUAUUGUGAAACGAACUCUUGGAACUGGUUAUGCAGCAGUUGAUAAUCCAGUAUUUUUCAAAGAUAACACUUCAAUGCUUCUUGGAGAUGCAAAGAAAAUGUGUGAAAAACUUCUUGAAGAAGUCAAAUCCAAACCAAUGUGA